AUUCUUCCUAAUAAAAACGUCAAAAUAGAAACAAACAUUCUAAACCCUAACAAUCGGUCUCCCUCCCUCUCCUCUCGAUCUCACACCCCGGCUCUUCACGGUCUCUCUCUCUCUCUCGGGCUCCUCUCGGUUGCCCCCGCUGCUACUGUUUCUGCAGGUUAGUGUGUGUUUAAUUGCUUAUAAUCCUUCAACGUCCACUUACGGUCCCGAUUACAUCACCGCAGGAUGAGCAGGGCAGCCACGGUCAUUGCUGGUGUAGCUGGAUCAUUUGCAAUUGCGUAUGCAUUUGACCAUCUUAUUGCUGACAAGAAGAUAUUUGGAGGCACUACACCUAAAACUGUUGCAACCAAUGAGUGGUGGGAAGAAACUGACAAGAAAUUCCAGGCAUGGCCACGCACCGCUGGGCCUCCAGUUGUGAUGAAUCCAAUCAGUCGCCAGAACUUCAUUGUGAAGUCUCGUGAAUCUUGAACCAAAAUUUUAGCUGGUGAUCUGCUGCGUUAUCUAUAGCUAAUGCCUUUUAUUGGUAAUGUUUUAUCUGGUUUUAGUACCCCAACACAGCCAUGAUCAGUUGAGAUGAUGGGAUCUUUGUUUCUUUUUAUUUGCAUACUCUUUCCUGGAAAUGGGUUUGAUUGACAAAUGCUGUUGCCUAUACUGAAUGAAUCAAAUAAAUGUGAGUCAGAUUCGGCUGUGUUUAUGGUU